GCUAUGGCGACCCUUCCAAACAACGUCAAGCGAAGUUAGUUCAGUUCUUACAUGACCGCUGUCAUGUCGGCCCCUCCAGAGCGUAACCGCGACGCUCCCGUCGACGUCCUGACCGUGUUCAGCGGCUCCUCCCCGGAGGACGUGUCCCACGCCCGGCAGCUGUGGAGCUCCUUGUGCAUGCCGACGCCGCUCGAGUCCCGCCUGGUGUCGGCGGACAUCCCGCAGAGGUUGCCCGUGUCCCGGCCGGAGCGAAGCGUCCACUCGCGGCAGCCUCCGCCUCUGCCUCGCGGCGAGCCGCCCGAGCAGCGGGAGGACGAGCGGCAGCGGUACUUGUCCGUGGCGGCCCAGAGGAAGGAGACGCUGGCCCUGCUCCGGCGGCAGAGGGAGCAGAGGAUCCAGAAGGAGCUGCUCUCUUCGGCCUUCAAACACAAAGCGCCCAAAGAGAAGACGACCGACUUGAACGCGGAAAGGGAGAUGGUCAGGCUACUGGACUGAACCGAACCGCCCUGGUUAGAGGCCCUGAACGCAACGAAUACCUCGUGGCCCUGCCCUGAACUCACGAGAAGAAGACGCGAGCGCCUAGAAAUACCGAGGCCCCUUCAACGCACCAUGCGACAAUAAUAUUCCAUGCCGGGUGUCAAAGUCAACAUAUCGCAGUCGUCUACAGGAAUUUGCGGAGGUCCUGAUUGCGCCGUACGACAUUUCUCUCUUGUAAUUCCGUACUACGCUGAAAGCUCAUGAACGCACCGUACGAGAUCCCUAGAGGACUUGAACGCACCAUAAGACGCUAUUCUACCGUAAUACCUCGAGGCCACGAAUCCAACAGACUACACGAAAGUCAAAUACAUUUGAGGCUCUGAACGCAACUUAUGGGAUACAUACAGGCCCUGAAUGCAUCAUACGACACCAUUACAGAGGCCCCAAAUGCACCAUACUAUGAAUAAAGUAAAACAAAAGACGUUUUAUAAAUGAUGAGUUAAUAUCAUGAAUUAGAUGAUUUGACUUUAAAAGGCAAAAUAUCACAGAGAUGAUUAAUAUAAAGAAGAAAAAGGGGAAUGGAAAGCUCAGCAUCAUUGUACUGAACUGCAAAGGAAGAUGUCAUCACUUUCAAAUCUUUGAAGGAGACUAAAAAGUCCCCCUGUAAGUGGAUAUCACUCCAACAACUCAAAUGGAGGUUUGAAAAGAAAACGUGAUUUAUUCAGAGAACUUAAAUGUCAAUGUGGAACAGUACGAACGAAAUAUUUAGGCCUUUAAAAACACACACAAACCUCUAUGACGGUCUGCUACCAUUGAAUAUGAAAAUUAACCUUUAUACUUGAUUUAAGGCAUCAAUAAACGCUUUCCUAUUGAA